UUUUAUUAAAAAUGGCGGCCCCCAUUGAAUUCGAGAGCCAGGUUGAACUGCGGAGGAAAAGGGACGAAAAACGUCAAGCCCAAGCAGUUAUUUUGCAAGAGGCUAAGGCGAUUUAUGAUAAAAAGGAACGAAGGAAAGAGGCACAUAGACUAAAAGGAGACGAUAAAUGGAUGUUGACAUCGGUUACUGACCGCAUUCAGGCUGAGGGUGAGCAGCUGAAGUCCAAGAAACACAAGAAAGAGAAGAAGAAGAAGAAAAAAAGAACGAAGGAAAAGAAAUCAAAACAAAAGCAUAAACACCGGGAGACGAAAAGUGAAUCGUCCUCUGAUGAUGAAGAUGACUCUGAUGAAAUGCAAUGGGUCGAGAGUACGUCUACCUCAUCCACUGCCACAAAGCAAAAUACUGACACGCCACAAAAGCAAACUAAGACAACACAGAGAGAAGACUGGAUGAGUAACCCAUUUGACCUGGCGACGUUUUCUCGUGAUGAUGUCAGGAAAGAGAAGGCAUCUAAGAUGGAUAAAGAGACAGAAAAGGAAAAAGAGGACCGGAUGAUCUUAGAUACUCCUGGUCAGUCGGAGAGAGAGAUUAAUCCAUUCUGGAAAGAUGGAGGUAAAGGUCUCCCUGAGGCUAAGCGUAACUUACCCGCAGUCAAGUCAGGCAUCGCUGAUGGAGGUGCUGGGUGGUUGAGAAGGGCAUUCCAGAGGAUUGUUGAACGUUCCGGGGAAGAGGGCAGAUCGGUUGCAGACCUUGCUGCAGAAAAAUGGGGUUCUUUAGAGAAAUACCAUGAGCUGCUAGCAAAAGCAGAGGGUGAGGAUGACAGACAGCGUCACAGAGACCGAGACAGACCCCGUCAUAACAGGGACACACAUAGAGAUACACACCCCAGGGGAGAGAGGGACGAAGGGAAAGCUAGAGAACCUCAAAGCAACCGACACAAAGAUAGAGACUAUGGUAGAGAUAGUGAUAGAGACUAUGGUAGGGGAAGAGACUACAGACAUCAUGACAGACCAGGAGGACCAAGGAGCAGAAGCCCUGAAAGAGAUAGUGAUAGAACGAGAGACAGACACAGAGAUACAAGGGGUGGGGAAUCAAAGUCAUUGAGUGGAAGGACUUUCAUGCGACCGGGAGACUCUGAUGAAAGGACGAGCGGAAAAUUGAAAUCUUUUGAAGGUAUGAGAGGGAUGUUUAAGAAGCCCGGGGAUGAAACGUCCGAUAGGAACAUCUCAAGGAGAGACAGAUAUCGUGAUGAUGAUCGGAGACGAGAAGAUGGCCCGACACCUGGGUGGAAGAAGAAGACAUUCAUAAGACCGAAUGAAGACAGUGAGAGGUCACCAAAGAUAUCCUCAUCAAGAGCAUCACCACCAUCAUCAUCAAGAACUUCAUCUUCAUCAUCAGGAACUCCGUCAUGGAAAAAAAAAUCAUCAGUAAAACCCAACGAGUCAGAAAAGACAUCAACAGCGAUCGUUGACAAACCCUCUGCAAGGCCACCUACCAGUGAGUCGUCGUCGUCUAGCUCUGAGAGUGACAGUAGUAGUGAUACUGAGGGUGAGAAAUCCCCCUCCCCACCCCCAAGGAGUCUGAGCGAAGCAGAGAUGAACCAACUAGGUGCUAAGAUUGUCAGAGCUGAACUCAUGGGUAAUGAGGAUCUAGCAAAACGAUUGAAAGCCCAGCUUGAAGGAGGCCGUCAAGCCAAAGCCGCCCAAACCACCAAAGGCCCAGAGAGAAAGGGUCAACAAGCCCAGGGUAGCAAGACGAGUAAAGAAGCUGGAUCUGAGAAUGAGCAAGAGGAAGUGGUGUUAACACUGACGGAUAGAACCGGUCAGAGCUGGCCGGUACCGGAACAAACCGGUUUGGAAUCCAAUGACAAGGGCAGGAAGAGAAAGAAGAAGAAGCAAAUUAUGGUGACUCAUGACAAAGACGGCAAGAGAGAACGUUAUUUUGGUGACGAUGAUCAGCAAGAGUUGAAGGACAUGGUGAGGAAGGAAAGAAUGACGUCUAGCCAAGACCAGCUGAAGAUGUUUAACAAAGUAGCCAAUAAGGCGCUGGAGAAGUUGACCGAAGACUACACCCUUGAUGAUAUGUUUGUCUCCACCGCUGCCCAGAAGGGUUCUAGUGGACAGGAAGGAUCUAGGGAUCGAGCCGCUGCGAUCAAGCAGCAUCGUAGCAUGGCUGCUUCUCUAGCUAACUGCCCCUACUGCCUAGACAGCACAAUCAUGCAAAAACAUCUCAUUAUUGCGCUGGGGAUUAAGGUGUAUCUGUGUGUACCAGCCAACCAGUCUCUCACUGAGGGUCAUUGCUUCAUUAUUCCCAUGCAUCACACAUCAUCCAGUACAGCCGUUGAUGAAGAUGUCUGGAGUGAAAUACAGAUCUAUCGUAAGGGUCUGACUAAGAUGUUUGAAGAUCAAGACAAAGAUGCAAUCUUCCUUGAGACGUGUAUGAAAGCUCGCAGUCAAAGACACAUGGUGAUCGAAUGCGUACCAGUUCCCAAAGAAAUUGGCGACAUGGCGCCUAUAUACUUCAAGAAAGCUAUCCAGGAAUCGGAGUCAGAGUGGACCCAAAACAAGAAACUUGUGGACACAAGACAAAAGAAUAUCCGUAAAAGUAUACCUCAAGGUUUUCCGUACUUCAGCGUAGACUUUGGUUUAGACGGAGGUUUCGCUCACGUCAUUGAGGACGAGGAUGUGUUUCCUCAUUAUUUUGGAAAGGAAGUAGUCGGAGGGAUGAUGGAUUUGGAGCCGCAUCUUUGGAGACGACCUCACAAACAGAACUUUGAUGAUCAGCGUCGGAAAGUGCUGCAAUUCGGAGAGUGGUGGAAACCUUUCGAUUGGACUCAGAAAAUAGGCAAAUAGAUAUAACACCAAUCAAAUGUGUGGGAUAAACAGAUGUUUACCACGGCAAUAAACUUUGCAUCAAAUGGAUGGAAUGAUUGUCUGAAGUUGCCCUGGUAACAAACUUUGCAUUUUUACUGCUAAAUUAUUGUCUGUGAUUGUUUCAAGUCAUUUUAACAUUGUAUUUCCGUUUUUUUUUGUAUAAUUACCCAUGACUGAAAAAUCAUCCACAUCUAUGUAGUUACACUACAAGGUUUAAUUUCAGUGUGUCCUUUGUGUUGUGGAUGACCCUGGUUCGCAUCCCCAAGGGAGCACUUUGUGGACUUUCCCUAAAACAAUUAUCUUGGUUUUUCCUCCCACAUUUUAAACUGAAAAUUCUUUGUCUUCUCUCUGUGUUUGUUUUGGCUAGUUCAGUGAUUAAGUUUGCUUUCCUAAGAAUUCUUGGCUGCACAACCAUAAUUUAUCAAUGAAAAGUAUAUUUUCUUUUUCGCAACAAAAUCAGUAACCACAUUUUUGUUUUGACUUCAUAAAAUUAAUUAGAGAUUGAAACCAACAAACACAAUAAUUCUUAUUUCAAUAAAUUACUUUGUUUUAAUUGUUUUCAUCUUUUUCUGGAUGAAACAGAAGAACAUAC